AUGUCACAGUUUGACGGAACCGUCGAAGAGCCAUUGAACCGUGAACCCCCUCCGCACGUUCUAAUCGGAAAGUUCAUCUCCGAAGAAGGUGAAGCAUACGAUCGAAACCAUGGCCCAAUCCCCCACAUCUCCGCCUCAACCCACCUCCUCCACAUCGACGGUUCCGUCUCCAAUCCCCUCGACAUCCCAAUCUCCUACCUCCACACCCUCCCCCAACACACCGUCCUAGCAGCCCUCCAAUGCGCCGGCAACCGCCGUCACACAAUGCGUACCAAAGAAAAAGAAGUCUGGGGCAUAGACUGGCACAACGGCGCCGUAAUGAACGCCUCCUGGACCGGCGUCCUCCUCUCCGACAUCCUCACCCUCGCAAAUCCCACAUUAGACCCAACGGCCUCCUCGCACGUAGCUUUCAGUUGUUACCAAACAGCCACGCAAGAUGAUGGAUACUACGGUGGUUCUAUACCGUUAAGUAGAGCACUAGAUAAAAACAUGGAAGUCCUCAUUGCCUUGAAAAUGAACGGCGAGGAUUUAACCCCAGAAAGGGGGUAUCCAGUCCGUAUGAUCGUCCCCGGCGUGGCGGGUGCCAGGGCGGUUAAGUGGCUCGAUAGGAUUACCGUUCAAAAACAGGAAUCGAGUAAUGCUUACCAACAGAAGGAUUAUAAAAUCCUCCCGCCGGAGGUUCAGACUAAAGAACAAGCUGCGGGGUAUUGGCAUAAACUACCGUCGAUACUCGAAACUCCUAUUAAUAGCGUUAUAUGUUGUCCUCCUUCUGGAGCGGAAAUCGAGGAUCCGAGGGUUAAACCGUUGAAGAUAGGUGGGUACGCUUUACCGCAGGGAUCGGAGGGUCCGGUGGUUAAAGUCGAGGUAUCGUGUGAUGACGGGUGUACUUGGGAAAAUGCGAGGAUAUUGAACGAAGGUGGGAGGUGGAGUUGGGUGCUUUGGGAGUUUGAGUAUAAGGGAGAGGUGACUGAGGAGAUGAGCUUUAUGUGUAAAGCUACGGAUAAAGGUGGGAAUACGCAGAAGAUUAAAAGUGGGGAUGGACAGUGGAAUUUAAGAGGGGUGGGGUAUAAUGCUUACGGUGAGAUUAAUGGAUUGAAGGUGAAGCGAAAGGUAAGAGGGGAUAUUAGAGAGGGCUUGACUGGGAUCGAGGCGAGGUUGUGA